GUGCUGGCUGAGGCGCGAGGUGGGCGUUAACGUGUGCUGCCUGAGCGCUGCACUGUAACGCGCACACGGCCUUGUUUAGCUCCAGCCUGCGCACUACAGCCGAGUUCACAACUUCAUGUUAGUAGCAGGCGGCAGGCAGCAGUGCGUUUUCGCACAACUCGGACGAAUGAAUCGCUGAAACCCUGAAAGCAGUCUUAACAGUGGAAGCAUUCAUGGAUAUAGUUGGCACAUUUAACCAUUUGAUUCCCAGUGACCAGUUGGAAGACUCGCUGCUCCUCGGCCAGAACUUGGAAUGCGAAGCAAGUGAUGAGUUUGCAUCGGGCCACAACCUGCCAGGAGACUCGCUCAAGAACAUGCUCAGUGACAAGGAUCCUAUGUUUGGAUCUGCCAGCUCACAGUUUCAUCUCUUGGAAAAUGAAGAUGCUAACUUUCAGCUCUCCAGCUCAUUAGACCAUGACAUGAAUGCUCCAGGCCUCAGCCAGACGUGUGCUGAUGGGGACGAGACUCCGGCCAAGUUUCCCAGAGGCAGGAGGAAAGGCGCCACUCAGCAACAGAGGAAACAAACCGCCAUUUCGUCUAGAGGCCGAGGUAGAGGUGGACAGACAAGGCGCCCAGGUCCAUUUAAAGGAGUUUCCUCUGAAGCGCUUAGCAAAAAAACUGCCCGGACAUCCGGAGUGAAGGAUGCCGAAGAACCAGGAUCCAGCAGCGCCUCAAUAACGGUGACGAACAUGGAGAAACGGGAAGCCUUGCUGAGCCGUCGGUUUAACAUCCAUGAAGUCGACCCAUCGAUGAAUCCUGUGGUCGUGUUGAGGCGUUUAACAGUCACAGUAGGGGGCUACAAAAUUGAACUGCUGCCUGGACCUUCUCACUCUUCUGGAUCAUUUAAUACAACCACUAUUCAGUCUCUGAGUUUCCAGGACGAUUGCAUGGCCACAGAAAGCAAUGGCUUUGAUCUGGGCCAGGCCCAGACUUUUGAAGUGCAUUCAACCCCAGAGGUUGUUGAAGAGCUAAAUGUCAUUGAACAUGGAUCUAAUGAAACGCCUAUGGAUUUAGGACCAUAUGUAAAUCCGAAUGAAGUGCAACACACUAAUGGUGCAACAGAAGUCACCACGGACACCAAAGCUGUUGAACAAAAUGAAGCAGAAAAGCCAGCGAAUGAUGACAAAUCAGAAACAAAAAAUGUCAAAACGGAUAAAAUCCCGGCUAAAAAGCUCCUGAAAGCCAAGCAGGCACUGGGUAUAACCAAAAACAAGCACCUUAGCAGAACAGGUAUCUUGCAGAAGGGGUCCAAGCUUCACAAACAACAAGAUAAAAAGGUGGAAAAAACCACAGCAGAAAAUCAACACCACACCAAAGCUAAGCCAAAUAGCAUAGGACUAAAACAGCCGGCCUUGUCUCUCAAACCCAAACAAGCAUUGAAACCACAAAAGGAGCAGGUCUGUGAUCCAGUGAAACACAAUGCCAGCCCUUCUGUUCCACGCUCUCCCCCAGUAAGCAGAAAGGUGUCCUCCGAUUCCAGUCCUGGUACUAAAAUAGUUGCGAAUAAAUCUCCUACUUCAGCAAAGAAGCCACAAAAUCCAUCACCAGCAGGGGUUAAACAGAGUCAGUCAGUGAAGGAUGGCCCAGCAGAGGAGGAACAUGAAAAAACAAAAAUCAAGAAACCCGAAAAGAUCUUGCAGAGACAGAGAAGCCGAAGCAGCAGAAGCAUAUCUAUAGAUGAACCCGAGUUGUUCAUCCCCGAUAAUGCUCCUGUGGUGAAGAAGGGGUCUGCAGAGGGGGAUCCUACACCUGCUUCUGAAAAUGAGACAGCAUGGGAUUCAAGCAAACAAUGUGGAUUAUGUAAUAAACCACAUAACAAUAGAUUUAUGGUAGGCUGUGGGCGCUGCGAUGACUGGUUCCAUGGCGACUGUAUAGGACUGGACCUGGCUAAAGUACAACAAAUGGAAAAGGAUGACCAGGAGUUCGUCUGUCUGAAAUGCUGUGCUGAUGAAGGUGGGAAAGGCAACACCGAGAAUACAGACAGCAAUUCAGCACCAGAUCAGAAACAGGGACCCGAAGCAUCAGUCACGGCCGGUGGAAUCCGGCCCUUUAGGAAGGACUCAGGAGAGAGACGGUCAUCAGUAGAUUCAGCGCUAAAAUCUGGGUCAGCUGUGAAGCAUGAGGUGAAGAAGGCUAAGAUUUCUCUUCCAAGCUUAAAGAAACCAUCCACUGGACAAAUCAGGAGGAGUGUCCGGGACUCACUAGAGGAGAUUCUUCUGAAAAGGCUGAAGGAAUCAGACUUAAAGGUUUCAAAAGAGAAGCCAGCUGAAUUGGCUAAAGGGACAGAAAAAGCGCUUUUUGCCCUCUUCCAAGGUGUCGACAGCAAAUACAAGAACAAAUACCGAAGCUUGAUGUUCAAUCUCAAAGACACGAAGAAUAACGUGUUAUUCAAACGUGUUCUCAAGGGGGAGAUUCCUCCUAGAGAUUUAGUCCGUAUGAGUGCAGAAGAACUAGCCUCCAAGGAACUGGCUGCUUGGCGACAGCGAGAGAAUCGACAUACAAUUGAAAUGAUUGAGAAAGAACAGCGGGAAGCAGAGAGACGACCAGUCACCAAAAUCACACACAAAGGGGAGAUUGAAAUUGAGAAUCAGGAACCUGCAAAAGCCCCCGAGGCCUUACCUGAACCUGUCCCUAACAUUGUUGAGGUGUCUGAGGAAAAAACUCCAGAAUCAAAGGCAGAAAGCCCCAAGAAAGCUAAAGACACAACAAGCUUGCACAAAUCUCAUCUUUUUGAUCUUUACUGCAAGAUCUGCACAGGCCGAAUGGCUCCACCAGUGGAGGAGGCAACCACUAAGGCUGUCAAAGUGGCCACAACUGUAAUUAGAAGGCAGUCUACAGUUACAGAAGGAGAAAGCCAUGAACCCACACCCAUAUCCCCACCUAUUGCACCCUCAGCCCUGGUGGAUGACUUGUCUCUGAGAGCGAUGGAAGAAGGCCUUCUUAACUUCCCUGCUUAUGAGUCAAGGUUGGAAAGCGCAAGCAAUAAAGAAGAUACAGUUGCAUUCCUCUCUGGUUUAGAAACACUAUGGAAUGGAUAUAUAGACAUGCCAUCUGUAGCUCGGUACCUUACAAAAGCUUACCCAGUCUCUGGAAUAUUGGACCACCUAACUGAGGAUCUGCCAGACACAAUCCAGGUUGGUGGACGGAUCUCUCCCCAAACAGUCUGGGACUACGUGGAGAAAAUCCGAGCAUCCGGUACAAAGGAAAUAUGUGUAAUUCGCUUCACCCCAGACACGGAGGAAGAUGAGAUCUCAUACACUUUGCUGUAUGCCUAUUUCAGUAGUCGCAGGCGAUAUGGUGUUGUUGCUAACAACCGCAAACAAGUUAAAGACAUGUAUCUCAUCCCUCUUGGGUCCACUGAGAAAAUCCCACAUCAGAUUGUUCCGUUUGAUGGCCCAGGCUUAGAGACUAACCGACCAAACCUGCUCCUGGGACUAAUUAUUCGCCAGAGGCCUAAAAGGGACUUUGUGGUCCUCCUGCCAAGUGUGGCUAGUGAACCUCCAAGUUUCUUGGUGGAGACCAAACCCCAGGUAGACCCUGUCCAGAAAGUUGUGGUGGCCCGAGCUGAAGAAAGAGACUUUGUAAGCAGUCUUGGGAGGAUACAGAAAAAGGAAAGUGUAAAUCUUAGCAAAUCCACAGUGACUGAAGCUCGGUUAGAUAUCGAGGAUGAGGAAAAUGUCUCGCUGCGUUUCCUCCCGGGCGUGCUAAAGCAGCCCAUAUCAGAGAAGGCUAAACCAGCGGAUGAUGAAGUGGGGAACAUGACCAGUGGUGCAGUCAGUCAGACAUCUAGCUCUGAUGGGGACACCUCAGGACAUGUCACUCCUAAAACACCCACUACCCCUAGACUAGAACGUUUCAUCAUCAAAAAGAAAGAUUCAAAAGCUGUCGAGAUGAAACAAGAACCAUCCAGCUCAAAUGCAGAGAUCAUGAUUUCACAAGGAAAGGAAAAAGAAGGUGGGCCACAGAGUGGAGUUCUGUUAUCUUUAAAGGAUAAACCAGGAGAUGUAUCAACAGAGACUUUCCUCUCUAGCCUUUCCACAGUACAGCCUAGGACUGAACAUAACAGCACCGAAACUAAAAGAGAUACCACAUCACCAAGCACACAGCCCAUACAAGGCAUAAACCUAACUCUGGUAUCCAAGUCAUCAACAGAUGCCACUAAAGAUACCACUGAAGAUGUUUCCAAGCACAAAACUGUGGAAAUUCCAACAAAGGCAUUAAAACCAUCCACAAUUGCCAUUUUGAAAAAGAUUGAUCAAGCAGAACCUGUUAAUACCAAGCAGCUGUCUUUAAAUAAAGACAUACCACAACCUAAAGUCACCCAGUCUACACUUUCAGACCAGUCAUCAGUUACCCAGCCUGCACCAUCAGACCAGUCAUCAGUUACCCAGCCUGCACCUUCAGACCAGUCAUCAGUUACCCAGCCUGCACCUUCAGACCAGUCAUCAGUUACCCAGUCUGCACCUUCAGACCAAUCACCGGUUUCCUGGUCUGCACCUUCAGACCAGUCACCGGUUUCCCGGUCUGCACCUUCAGACCAGUCACCGGUUUCCCGGUCUGCACCUUCAGACCAGUCAUCGGUUUCCCGGUCUGCGCCUUCAGACCAGUCACCGGUUUCCCGGUCUGCGCCUUCAGACCAGUCACCGGUUUCCCGGUCUGCGCCUUCAGACCAGUCACCGGUUUCCCGGUCUGCGCCUUCACAACCACCAUCAACAACAGAGUCUGGACAUCCACCGUCAGAGUUUAAAGCUGUUGGAGAUAUCCAUACCAUCGCCACUAUUUCCUUGUCUGGAAAAAAUGAAGGUCUCAAGCAGUCAAGACGUCUUUUAAGCCCCACUCCUUUUAAUACUGCAAGUCAUGGGCCUCCGCCAGCAACAUUUCCUCCUUAUCACACUGCACCAGUUGACCAUGCGUACCACCCUGGACCAGUGCCCACCUACCCGCCGCAGUCUAACCCUGCACCGUUUAUUCCCCUGCAUCAGCAAGCCCCUCCACUGUUUAACUACCCUCCACCCCCACUUCCCCCAAUGAUAUUCCCCCCGAAUGAUCCGCAAAAUCAAAUGCAUGCCCCACCUUGGGCUCAGGCAGUGCCUCCUCCGGCCUGUUUUCCACAGGCUGUCCCAGAGCCAGUCGCUGGGCCCCCACAGUCAUAUACAACCCCAAGAUUCCCCGAUUCCCCCAUGUUGAAUCCACCACUCUUGAACAAGAGUGAUCAAGGCUCUGAGCUAUGGGACAGGAAGUCCAGGCCAUUGGCUGAUCCCUUCAAAAAGGAUGACCGAGACCACUAUGGGAGGUACAGGCACAAGAGCCAACACUAUGAGCGAGAGAGGCACAAGGCCAGGAGCCGGAGUCGGACUCGGAGCCGGAGCCGAAGCCGAAGCAAGAGCAGGAGUCGCAGCAGGAGUCGAAGCCGGAGCAGGCACAGACACAAGUCCAAACACUCGCGAGAGGACAGGCAUGGGGAGAAGAGGAAAGAGAGACAUCACAGUAGUCACCACAGGGACAGAGACAGGGACAGGGACAGGGACAAACACAGGCGGGACUCUGAUCAUGAAAAACACCGGAGAGACUCGAGAGAUGGGCAUUCAUGAUCAACCUAGAUACACCUAUUCAACAUCAUUGACCAGACGUUUCAUCUUUUAGAUGACAUCUAAAAGACGCUUUUACGAGUGUAAUUUUACAUUUUUAGUUAGUUUGGAUUCAAUUUCAUUGUUUUAAAGUUUAAUUAACAUACAAAGCGGAAGUCUCAGUCAGAACCAGGUUUUCAUGUUAUGAGUUAAAAAUUAAUGCCAAGAAAAAGAAAAAAAAAAUUCUUCUGCAUUUUUAAAAUAUCUUACAUUUUUCUAUUUGCAUUGGAUAACAAUGUGUCUGUACAUUUUGGCUUCUCAAACAGUAGAGAUAACAUGCUCUCUGCACAUUGUGUUUAUGUACAGUUCAUAAAAUCUUUUUAUUGUUGAUUAAAUAAGAAUAAAACAAUCUUUAUUAAAAACCCUGGGAAAGAA